AUGACUUACACUGCUUUCAACAAUGAUGAAACCUACCGACCUGAACUCUCUGAUCGUUGGGAACGGACUCUUUCUUCUUAUUGGGAACAGAUCAAGGAGGACGCCGAGAGUAUCCUACGACGGAAGCUGGCACGCAGCCGACGGGUCAGGCUAGAUGACACUGCCUUGGUGUUGUCUAUAAAUGACCGUUCCCAACGAGAUCUUACCAAGCGCUUUGAAGCCACUGGUAUCGAUUGGAUAGCGGUAGAGAAGCCGAUGCUAGUGUGGGGCCAUCUAUACCGUAUUGGCAAGAAGAGUCGACUCCAGAUAUCGAUUAACUACAUGAAGAAUAUUGGGCCUCCUUCCAGAACCGACAAGAGGGGGGAAACAUCGGUUACCAAGCGGAUGCUAGCUGGCCGUGACGCUCAGAUUGACGCCGAGCAGGUCUCCGGCCAACCUUCGGUCUGGCGCGAUGUUUAA